CGGGCGGCGAGCGGAGCCGGCCGGAGCGGGCCGGGCAGCGGCCGCCGCCGUCCCGGAGCGCGCGGGCGGGCGCGGGCGGGCCGGAGGAUGGAGCUGAACUCCCUGCUGAUCCUGCUGGAGGCGGCCGAGUACCUGGAGCGCAGGGACCGAGAGGCCGAGCAUGGCUACGCCUCGGUGCUGCCCUUCGACGGCGACUUCGCCAGGAAGAAAACAAAGGCGGCCGGCCUGGUGCGCAAGGCCCCGAACAACAGGUCUUCACACAAUGAACUAGAAAAGCACAGACGAGCCAAGCUCAGGCUCUACCUGGAGCAGCUGAAGCAGCUGGUGCCCCUGGGCCCCGACAGCACCCGCCACACCACGCUGAGCCUCCUUAAGCGCGCCAAGACGCACAUCAAGAAACUGGAGGAGCAGGACCGCAGGGCACUGAGCAUCAAGGAGCAGCUACAGCGAGAACACCGCUUCCUGAAGCGGCGCCUGGAGCAGCUGUCGGUUCAGAGCCUGGAGCGCGUGCGCACGGACAGCACGGGCUCUGCCGUGUCCACGGACGACUCGGAGCAAGAAGUGGACGUGGAGGGCAUGGAGUUUGGCCCCGGCGAGCUGGACAGUGUUGGCAGCAACAGUGACGUGGAUGACCACUACAGCCUGCAGAGUGGCGGCUGCAGCGACGGUGGCUAUGGGUACCCCUGCCGGCGGCCUGCCCGCCCCGGCCUCUCGUAGGCCCAGUGCCCUCUGCUCCUUGGCCCACCUGCCGCCCAGCCAAGUGCAUCAACCCUCCAGUCCUCUCAAGCCCCUCCACGGGCCCAGUGCAGUGCCAUUUUGGAAGCUCCAGCAGCCUCCUGGGCUGCCCACCUCCACCCGCCUGCCGGUCAGGGCCCACCUCGCCGCCCGCCCCUCCCAGCUGGGCAGGGACCCCUGCAGGGAGGCGGGCCCAGCUCCCGAGUCCGAGUCCCGGAGCCCAGAGUAGCCACCUGUGGUCUGUUCUCAGAUUCCUAAUCAUUCCAGAAGUAUUAAAUGUCAUUGCUGCAAACCUC